GAAGAUAAUGGUCAUUAGCGUGCGUUGCUUGUCAACCUGUCAUCUAUCAUACCUAAAAAACAGAACCAUGUUCUCUGUUCUAGUCUGUCCGAUGCUUCAAGAUCACAAGUUUCAAGGAUAUUUCACAGAGGUUACAACUCCUUUCUAUAUAUACACACUUAACUUCGUUCUUUCUAUAUAUCAUCUACCAACAACAAUCAAUCCAACAACUUGUAUAUCUUUAGAAGCUUCGAAAGAAUUCAAAGUUUCAGACAAAGAAAUUGAAAUGGCUUUGGUGAGAAGCCUAUUGGGAGCAAAGAAGAUUCUAAGCCGCUCCACCAGAGCAGCCUCGGCGACGGCGGCACCAAAAGGGUUUCUUGCAGUGUACGUAGGAGAGAGCCAGAAGAAGAGAUAUUUGGUGCCAAUCUCAUACCUAAAGCAGCCUUCAUUUCAAGCUCUGCUCAGUAAAUCCGAAGAAGAGUUUGGAUUCGAUCAUCCGAUGGGUGGCUUAACGAUUCCUUGUCCUGAAGAUACCUUCAUCAAUGUGACUUCUCGGCUUCAAUGAUGAUAUUUAAAAGAAAAAACAAGUAACAUUAGUUAGAGAUAAACUAUCCAAUAUAGGUUAGCUUUUUCUCUCUUUAUUUGUGAAAAAAAGAGGUUACAAAACUCAAAUGUGAAUACCAAAUUUUGUGUACAAACAAUGGUGUCAAUACGAAUCACAGAUAGUAAUUUGACAAAAACUUCAUCUUGCUGUUGUAUAUAAACAAAGU